CUUUCGGGACGGGGGUGUCUCUCUCUUCGCUGGGACUGACCGGCUGCUUCUCUCUCCCCCCCCCGCGGCAGGGCUGGGCUCGGCUAUGUUCAGCUGGGUGAGCCGCGACGCGCGCCGGCGCAAGGAGCCCGAGCUGUUCCGCACCGUCUCGGAAGGGCUGAAGCAGCUCUACGCCGGGAAGCUGCUGCCGCUGGAGGAGCACUACCGCUUCCACGACUUCCACUCGCCCGCCUUGGAGCCGGCCGACUGGGAGAGCAAGCCCAUGGUGCUGCUGGUGGGCCAGUACAGCACGGGCAAGACCACCUUCAUCCGACACCUGCUGGAGCAGGACUUCCCCGGCAUGCGCAUCGGGCCCGAGCCCACCACCGACUCCUUCAUCGCCGUCAUGGGCGGCGAGAGCGAGGGCGUCGUGCCGGGCAACGCGCUGGUGGUCGACCCCCGCCGCCCCUUCCGCAAGCUCAACGCCUUCGGCAACGCCUUCCUCAACAGGUUCAUGUGCGCGCAGCUGCCAAACCCCGUCCUGGACAGCAUCAGUAUCAUCGACACGCCAGGCAUCCUAUCCGGGGAGAAACAGCGGAUAAGCAGAGGAUACGACUUUGCCGCCGUGCUGGAAUGGUUCGCGGAGCGGGUGGACCGCAUCAUCCUGCUCUUUGACGCCCACAAGUUGGACAUCUCGGAUGAGUUUUCGGAGGUGAUCAAAGGUCUCAAGAACCACGAGGACAAGAUCCGUGUGGUGCUGAACAAGGCGGACCAGAUCGAGACACAGCAGCUGAUGCGCGUCUACGGGGCGCUGAUGUGGUCCCUGGGCAAGAUCAUCAACACCCCGGAGGUGGUGCGUGUCUACAUUGGAUCCUUCUGGUCACACCCGCUACUCAUCCCGGACAACCGUAAACUCUUCGAGGCAGAAGAGCAAGAUCUCUUCAAGGACAUCCAGUCGCUGCCCCGCAACGCCGCCCUCCGGAAGCUGAACGACCUCAUCAAGAGGGCCCGGCUGGCCAAGGUCCAUGCCUACAUCAUCAGCUCUUUGAAGAAGGAGAUGCCCAACGUCUUUGGCAAGGAGAGCAAGAAGAAGGAACUCUUGAACAACCUGGGUGAGAUCUACCUGAAGAUCGAGCGGGAACACCAGAUCUCACCUGGAGAUUUUCCCAGCCUUCGUAAGAUGCAGGAACAGCUCCUGACCCAGGACUUCAGCAAGUUCCAGCCACUUAAGCAGAAGCUGCUGGACGCGGUGGACGACAUGCUAGCCAACGACAUCGCCCGGCUGAUGGUGAUGGUGCGCCAGGAGGAGUCGCAAAUGCCGUCCCAGGUGGUGAAGGGCGGGGCGUUUGAGGGCACCAUGAACGGGCCCUUCGGCCACGGCUACGGCGAGGGUGCCGGCGAGGGCAUCGACGACGUGGAGUGGGUGGUCAGCAAGGACAAGCCCACCUACGACGAGAUCUUCUACACCCUCUCCCCCGUCAACGGCAAGAUCACGGGCGCCAGCGCCAAGAAAGAGAUGGUCAAGUCCAAGCUGCCCAACACCGUCCUGGGCAAGAUCUGGAAGCUGGCCGACGUGGACAAGGACGGGCUGCUGGACGACGAGGAGUUCGCCCUGGCCAACCAUCUCAUCAAAGUCAAGCUGGAAGGGCACGAGUUGCCAGCGGAACUCCCUUCCCACCUGGUGCCGCCUUCCAAGCGCAGGCAUGAAUGACACCCACCGCCUCCGGACGGCCGAGCUGAGCACCGCAACGUGUGCGCGCUCUGGGUGGGAGCUGCCCCGGGCGUUGCCCACAGGCGACUUGAGUUUGAAUGUCCCCGCUCUGCGCGAAGCCGAGUCGCCCAGCCUUUCUCAAAUGUACAAUACUGUAUGUUCCGAUAUAUAUAUAUAUAUAUAUAGAUUGAUAUAUCUACGCUUGGAUAGAUAUGUCUCCAUAUAUAUGCGUGUGUGAGUUUGUCUCCUGGAAGGAAGCGUAAUACAAUGUUUUAAGGCUGUAAUCUUAAUCUGGUGCUGCGGGGGGGGGGGGGGGGGGGGCUCCCUUUUUAAAAAAAAAUUUAGCCAAAAUAUAACCCUGGGAUUCCACAUGGGAAGUUGAGUUGGCUGACUCCAAUCUUGGGCAAGGCAUUAUUAUUAUUAUUUUUCCACAAGCCGGACGGCUGUUCCAGGACGAGACACGCAGGACUAUGUUUUUUUUCCAGGGAGAAUUGGUGGUUUUUAUCCUCUUUUAUGCCUAAACUUAUUCCUGGAACCCAUUGCCGAAGAGGAAAGUUGGGUCACCGCAGAGCACACACCUCCCCACGAAAAGUCCACACUCAACCGCAUCCCUGCCGGAACUCCCACUCUUUAUCCCCCCCCACCCUUUUCUGGAGGAGGGAUUCGUGUUCUCGUUGCCAUUGCACGCUUUUUGGGGGUCCCAAAUGGGUGUCUGGCCGAAGCAGGGUUCCUCCCGGCGUCCGGAGUGUCUGUAAACAUCCUUGGCCACAAACCAGCAUCCAGAACGUAGUUUUGGUAGAAGCCAAAAAGGUUCAAGCAAACAGCAAAGAGCAAUAAUGUUUCCCAACUUUGAAGAUCGGUGGACUUCCAAAUUCUGGGAGUUGGGAGUCCACCCGUCUUUUUAAUCCGGUUGAAGUUGAGAAAAGACUCUUGCUGAAGAACAUGCUCUAAAUUGGUGGGGUCUGCAACCUUGGCCACUUUAGAACUUGUGGACUUCAAUUCCCAGAAUUCCUCAGCCAGCAAAGCUGGCUGAGGAACUCUGGGAGUUGAAGUCCACAAGUCUUAAAGUUACCAAGGUUGGAGACCCCCUGCUCUAAAUCCCUGGAGAUUGGGGGAGGACUUGCAACGAGCGCUGAGACAAAGCAGAAUGGACCCUUCCCCACCUCUCCGUUCAUUGCAGGGCUGAUCCUGUUACCUGUGGGCCCUCGGACCCGAAUGGGAUGAGUUUGCAAGAGAGUACGGAGCCUCAAAGGGGACACAAAGCUCACCGUCUCUCCUUCACUGGGAAAUUCUUAGCGAUGGGAUCGGGAAUCUUCAGGUUGGCCGGAAGUUGGUGGGCUUAAUGGCUUAAUUGCUGGGGUGGGGGAAGCAGGGAAGCCAGCUUAGUUUCCCAGGGGGCCCCCAAUGGAUAUGAACAUUGCUGAGAAUUAUGGAAACGGGGCUAUUCAUUAGCUGCGAGUCCUUGUUUAGGGAUGGCUGGUUUAUGAGGAGCUUUCAGUCUGGAGUGUACCCCAAGAUUUUGGAGGGGGGGGCGGGAUUUGCUGCAUUUCCACCACCCCAUUGGCAAAAGGGGAGGGGAAGAGGAAGAGAGCCAGCCCAUUAUUUUGCUUCUGACCACAAAUCCCAGAUAAUCCCCGGGCCAGGGGGGGGGGGGGGAGGCAGUUAAAACACCCCCACUCGUUACCCUCUUGCAUUAAAAGCUGAAUUCAAGAGUUCUGCGUUUGGAUGUUUCCUCGUUCCCAUCGUCCCCGAAAUCCAGCACUUUUGUCAAUUCUGCAUCCAUUUCCAGCCCCGCAGAUGCUUCCCUAUCU